AGUUGGGAUGAAGGUUUAGCAAAGAUGGCUAAAGCAUGGGCAAACAAGUGCAAAUUCCAACAUAACAGCUGUUUAGGCCAACCAUAUGAAUGCUAUGCAGCUUUUGAAUAUGUUGGAGAAAAUAUCUGGCUAGGUGGAAUAAGGAUAUUUACACCAAACACUGCUGUCACUGGUUGGUAUAACGAAACUGAAUUUUAUGAUUUUGAUACUCUAUCAUGUUCUCGCGUUUGUGGCCAUUAUACACAGUGUACUCUAGAAUAUCCAGUUCCAGUUCCGAAGCCAAUGGGUAAUGCACCUCACCAGAUAGCAUAUAAUCCAUUCAGCCUAGGUUUUGCUCUUCUGGGAAUCUUUUGUCAUCUGUAUAAAAAAGACAUUAUCAAGACUGACAAUAAAGAAACAGUUUAUGGCUAA